AUGGCAGGUGACGGGGUGUUCCACAAUGAGUACAUCAUACUCGUCGUGGUAGGCAUCAUCCUCUUCGGCCUGUGCACCGGGCUUUGCGCCUUCACCUGGAGGAAUCGCCAGGACCUCUGGCUCCUCAUAGCGAUCCCGCUCCACUUGGAUCCUGCGCACAAGAACCCCAUCGAAGAGGCGACUGAGCAGGACCGGAUCAUCUUCGAGCGAGCCGAGAAGAAGAGGCGUGAGAGGGAAGAGCGAGAAGAAGCUCUUCGAGAAGCAGCAGACCCGGACAAAGGUUCCGACGAGGAAUCUCAGCCUUCAGUGCCCGCGCACGACUUGGAGGAUCCCCGCAGCCGCAGUCGCCAUCGCGCCGGCAGCAAAGGACGCAGCGGACGUAACGGCAGCAAAGGGAGCACCGCUGCCACCGACAGCAGCACAAGCCAGGCCUUUGUGAAGCAUAAAGGCCGGAAGUCGAGCCGAGCCUCGGAUCCCGGAGUCCAUCUCCAUGACCACGAAGGAGACUCGGGAUCUCGGAGCAUUUCCGUGCCCGCCGGUGCUCGGAAGAUGGCUCGCGUGUCUCCAUUGACCAUAGGGGAUGCGGAGGAUCCGCUGAACCUGAGCGACGCCUCCCAGAUAGCAGCUCUUGCUGACAACCAGCGGAAGCAUGCAGAAAAAGGACGCCGGCACAGCAUCUCCACUACGACUGGUGCCGAUUUGAUGCGCCAGCAGCUACACAACCACCUUCAAAGUCCGACAGGUGGGUCACUGCCACUCAGGGGUUAUCACCGUCCUCCUCCGCCCAGCGGGGCUUGGAAGGGUACCUUGAUGGAGCGCACUCACCAGCGCACCAACAAGUACGACCUCCGGUUUCUCCCGGAGAACGAAGUGAUUGGAAGUACCCAAGGUCCCGACGGCUUCGCAGCCAUCUCUGGAACUUUCGACCCUUCCAGCAAGCGUGUGACGUGGGUGGAGAGGCAUCCGUGGGGCACCGUGGAGGCUACUGGACAUGUCUUCUACAGUCAUCACGUCGCGCAGAUCACAGGCGUGGAAGCCUGGCACUUCCUUCUCAGCAAGCUGCAGCUCAGCCGCCACCUAAGCUUGCAACACACGCUCUCCUUGAUUUUUCCGAUCGAUGUCACCGAGGUACAGUAUGUCAGCUUUCAGUGGAAGGCAGUGCAGCGCAGCAUUGUACAGUUUGAGUGGCUGCAGAACUUGGUGCCUUCAUGGUUACUUGUAGCAACACUGCUUGCAGAGAACACCUUUGCGAUGUCUGGGACAGGUACGGCAAUGAAGAUGCUGGCGGAUCACCUACUCUCCAAGGGAGAGAUUAGCUGGUUGGAGAUCAUCGAGACUGCGAAGGUACCGGUGAUCAAGGUCCGAUCGCAGUCAUGUGGCCUUCGAGCUGAUGUGGUCUUCAGCCAGCCGGAUGGCAUGGACUCCUCCAAGUUCAUCCGCUCCAAGCUGAAGGAGUAUCCGCAGAUGAAGCCGUUGCUUCUAUUCUUGAAGUACUUCCUUCUCCAGCGAGGGCUCCAUGAGACAUACACAGGUGGCAUGGGCUCGUACCUUCUGUGCAACGUGGUUCUCCACUUCCUCCAGAGGCAUCCGUCAUCCCGGAGUACCCGCCAGUAUGCCGGAACUUCUUUGGGACACCUGCUCUUCGACUUCCUGAAGUACUAUGGGCAGGAGUUCAACUACAAGGAUCAGGGCAUCUCGGUUCUCGAUGGCGGAUCGACCUUCGCGAAGGCUGGCCGUUUCCCCGAGAGGAAGCAGCGAGGCCCCCACGACAGCUGGGGACCGAAAGUGCAACUGUGCCUGGAGUCGCCGUUGGCUCCGGACAUGGACUUGGGUGGGGCUUGCUUUCGCAUGCCAGUCCUGCGCAACCUGUUCCAUCAUGGGUUUCACUGUAUUUGCCACCUCUUCGUGUCUCGUUCGCCACCGGAGGUGUCGAUGCUCUGUCCCUUGUUGAUAGACCCAGCGCAUCCGGUCAUCACAGACCGGUUCAAGCUCAUGUCCGAGCAGCCCGCAGCCCUUCCGGGGAUGAAGCGGAAGGCGUCCCAGGCAGAGAUCCUGGUGGAAACGACCACCGCCCCGAAGAAGGCUGCGAAGCCGACAACUUCCCCAGCGAUGGAUGAGGAGGAGGUCGAAAAACUGGUGGAGUCCACGACGGCCCCAAAGAAGGCUGCAAAGCCGAACGUGGAAGCCUCCAAUGGCCGAGCCAAGGAGACUCGGAAGAAGCGACAGCGAAGCGUGACUUUGCAAAAUUCGCCCGCCAAGGCGGACAGCAAACGAUGGCAUGCUGAUGUGGAGGAGUGGGACCAGUCCGACUGA